UACCUUUCUCCCCCCGGUUUAUUUCUCCAUCGAUUCUUUUCUUCAAUCCGUUCACCAUGUCUUCCUCUCUCGAGCAGCUCAAGGCGACCGGCACCGUUGUCGUCUGUGACUCUGGUGACUUUGCCACUAUCGGCAAGUACAAGCCUCAGGAUGCCACCACCAACCCUUCUUUGAUCCUGGCUGCGUCCAAGAAGCCCGAGUACGCUAGCCUGAUCGACUCGGCUGUCGAGUUUGGCAAGAAGCAGGGCAAGACUGUCGAUGAGCAGGUCGAUGCCACCCUUGACCGUCUCCUGGUUGAGUUCGGCAAGGAGAUUCUCAAAAUCAUCCCCGGCAAGGUCUCCACCGAGGUCGACGCUCGCUUCUCCUUUGACACCGAGGCCUCGGUCAACAAGGCCCUUCACAUCAUCAAGCUCUACGAGGAAGUCGGCAUCUCCAAGGACCGCAUCCUGAUCAAGAUCGCCUCCACCUGGGAGGGCAUCAAGGCCGCCCACAUCCUGCAGUCCCAGCACGGCAUCAACUGCAACCUGACCCUGAUGUUCUCUCUGGUGCAGGCCAUUGCCGCCGCCGAGGCCGGUGCCUUCCUCAUCUCCCCCUUUGUCGGCCGUAUCCUGGACUGGUACAAGGCCGCCCACAAGCGCGACUACACCGCCCAGGAGGACCCCGGUGUCAAGUCCGUGCAGAGCAUCUACAACUACUACAAGAAGUACGGCUACAACACCAUCGUCAUGGGUGCUUCGUUCCGUAACUCUGGCGAGAUCACCGAGUUGGCCGGCUGUGACUACCUGACCAUUGCUCCCUCCCUGCUUGAGGAGCUGUUCAACUCCACUGCCGCCGUGCCCAAGAAGCUGGACGCCGCCGCCGCCACCACCCUGGACAUCCCCAAGCGCAGCUACCUCAACGACGAGGCGCUCUUCCGCUUCGACUUCAACGAGGAGGCCAUGGCCGUCGAGAAGCUCCGCGAGGGUAUCUCCAAGUUCGCCGCCGAUGCCGUGACCCUCAAGGAGAUCCUCAAGGCCAAGAUUGUGGCCUAAAUUAUGACAUAAUGGGGCGUUAAUAUAUUAUAAAAAAAAAAAAGGAAGAA